AUGUGGCGAGCUGCAUCAAAUAGUGGUCCAACAUUAAGAGCUUGGAUUCUUACCACGAUUGCUUUGGUCGGUUACCUUGUUUACAGCAACCCGGUGACAGUCAAUGUUAAGUAUGAACGAUUUGAACAAAUUGGUGAAUACGAUUUAAUCGAUGCAAGAAAUAUGCGCAUUCGGAAGUACAAUCGGACGACUACAGUGUUUAACGGUACAUUGGAAAUUCUUCGGGAUAUGUACGACAAUUAUUCUUUCUCAGUUCGGAUGUCAUACAGCCCGUUGGGAAAUAAUCAGUUCAUCGUGUCACCCUUUAAAUUGCCGCUGCAAAAAAUGUGCCAAUUCGGAAAUACAACCUACCGGGACUAUCGAGAGCACUAUAGGCAUAUAAGCAAUCUACCCGAUGCGGGUACGUGCCCUAUCCCAGCUAAACAGUAUUACAUCAAAAACAAGGUGCUCGAUAAUAAGUACAUCAAUGACUAUUUCACACCGGGUCUGUGGAAAAUUGAACUGAUGUUUUUCAGAGGCCAAUCCGAAGAGCCUGCCACCACUUUGGUGUCUUACAUUCAACUUUAA